AUGGCCCCAGUACACGACGCCAAGACUACUGCGACUGAGCUCGUGGCAGAGCUCGAGUCCGAUAUCAGGGGCAAGGUUGUCCUCAUGACGGGUGUUUCUCCCAAGGGCCUCGGCGCCCUCUUCGCCGAAGCCAUCGCCAAGGCCGGCCCAGCCCUGAUCAUUCUAGCCAGCCGCAAUCCAACCAAAGCAGGCCAGACUGCUGAAGCCAUUGAGGCCGCGAACGCUGGCGUCGAGACGCGCCUCCUCGAACUGGAUCUCGGGUCGCUGGCCGCCGUGCGUCGAGCCGCCGACGCCGUCCGGCUCUGGGACGACGUGCCCUGCAUCGACGUCCUCGUCAACAAUGCAGGCAUCAUGGCCGUCGACUACAGUCUGUCGCCCGAUGGCUUCGAGAGCCAGUUCGCCACCAACCACCUCGGCCCCUUCCUGUUCACCAACCUGAUCAUCGACAAGGUGCUCGCCUCCAAGUCCCCCCGCGUCGUCAACGUAAGCAGCGACGGCCACCGCCUCAGCCCCAUACGUUGGUAUGACUACGGUUUCGAUAGCGGAAAGACCUACAACAAAUGGCAGGCGUAUGGCCAGUCCAAGACGGCGAACAUGCUUUUCACUCUGGCGCUCGCCGAGAAGCUGGGAGGUCGCGGACUGUUGACGUAUAGCCUACACCCUGGCGUCAUCGGCACCAAUCUUGGUGCCCAUAUUGAUUGGGAGGAAGGUGGUCCCAGCAUGCAAGCUGUAGAUCGUGGCCUGGGCAACAGGGAAGGAUGGGCCGAGUUUAAGUGGAAGACUUCGGACGAAGGUGUCGCCACGCACGUCUACGCGGCCUUUGACCCAGCGCUCAAGGAUCACAACGGUGCCUAUCUUGAAGAUUCUCAAGUGGUUGAUCCACUAGUUCAGACAGUAAAGCCGUGGGCGACAAGCAAAAUCGAGGCUGAGCGGUUAUGGAAGUUGAGCGAAGGCCUUGUCGAAGAGGAGUUUCCGUACUGA